GAAAUCAAAUGUAAGGAAGGUAAACAAAAUAACGACCGCUCUGUCCGUCCGGGAUGCAGAGCCUCCCUGCGCUGCGCAGCGGCCAGUCGUUAUAAAUUGCAACCGUCUUCCUGCGGAUUUCCCUCGUCCUCGUCCUCGUCCUCCUCCUCCUCCUCUCCGUCGCCGCUUCUUCUUCAUCUCCUCUGUUUCUCUCUCUCUCUCUCUUUCUCUGUCUCUUUCGUUUCGUUUCGUCUCGUCUCAAGGGAAGAAGCUUUCCCAUCUUUCUUUCCUCCUCAUCCUCUUUCUUUUGUUGUUGUUCUUGUCGUAUCGUGUUCUUCAUUGCCCUUCUUCCCUUUUUGUCCGUUUGUGGUUCUUGGGGGAUUUGAACCGGUCCGAGAAAGACAGAGCAUGAGAACUCUGCCCGUUCAAAUCUUUCGCUCGUUGCCCAAAAGCAGGCGUCCAUAAAGAACGAAAUCUGGAUCACGCGGACUGAGUUCACAACGAGCGCUUCGUCGACUUUGAAGGAUUCCCGAGGAUUUUUUUCGUCUCCUUCCCCGUUCGUUUCUUCUAUUUCUGCGGGUCUGUGAUUCGGAAAGCACGGCUUUGAGGGCUCCCGGUUCUUGUGGCCUCCCUCUUCUCGCUGUUCUUCCGCAUUGGGGCGAAACAGGGGCGAAACCCUGAAAGGAAAACGAAAACUUGCUUUUGCGCCGCGCGAACAUGUCAACAAUGCUGGCUCGAAUAGGCCGAGACCGACAGCGUUACGAGAACAACUUGCGGCUUGUUUCUGGAUGCAUUCCCUACCGCUUCGCAAAAGGAAAUGACUCUGAGACAGAUAACUUGGAAAGCAGAAUUGAAGUCCUUAUGAUCUCAUCACCAAAUCGUGAUGACCUAGUCUUUCCAAAGGGGGGAUGGGAGGAUGAUGAAACCAUUGAAGAAGCUGCAUGUCGUGAAGCUUUAGAAGAAGCAGGAGUAAGAGGAAAGCUCAAUGAGAAACCAUUGGGGGUUUGGGAAUUCCGAAGUAAGAGCAGACAGGACAUGUGCAGUCUAGAAGGAGGCUGCAAAGGUUAUAUGUUUGCGUUGGAGGUCACUGAGGAGCUAGAGACUUGGCCAGAGCGCGAAAAUCAUGAUAGGAGAUGGCUAUCUGUAAAAGAAGCAUUUGAACUCUGCCGCUAUGAGUGGAUGCGCAGAGCACUGGAGAAUUUCCUGAACACGUUUGAAGAAAAUUGGAAACAGAAAUUUGAGGCGACUGAAGAGUUGAUUGAGUCGCCUCCCCCGACCGUCUCGGAUUGCCAAAUCAUCACGCCCAACUUGUGUAUAGAUCACCCUAAUAGCGCCCAACGCCAUGGUAUGACAUUCUCUUGGCUUGUUCCAAUAAGGGCUUACCGUUGUCUUGAAUGAUGCCAAUAUGUCUCUGGACUAGUUUUUAUUAAUUUGUGGGUUCUAAAUUAUUAGCUAACCUGCUCGGGUUGGGGUUUCAUUUGUGUAUUAGGUUCUCGUGUGUGUUCUAGAUCAUAGUGUGCCGAGUUUGUCCUUCCAAAUGUGAAAAGGAUAACGAUUUUGUGAAGGUAUAGACUGUUGGCACUCUUUUUCUAGAUUAAUCAAGAAAAGUGUACAUUUCUUCAAUUCUUAUCUGUUUUCUGAUGCUGAAGACACAUUGGACUCAUAUUUUCUGGCAUGCUGAAGCUUGACCUGGCUUUGUUUUUC